AUGAGCGAGAUAAGAGAAGGUGAGGGAUCGAAAGCGGACCUGGCCACCGACGACGGGGAUGGGGGUUUGCUGGGUUGUGCGAUGGGUCUUUGCAAAGGGAUGGGUUCUGCGACGGGGUGUAUUUGCAAGAUGAGGGAAUUUUCGAUAGGGUGGGGCUUGAUAUCAGAUGGGGUGGGGUUUGAUUUCAAAUGGGGUGUGUUGAAAGGGAAGGGGGUUUUCGGUGGGUGGUGUCUGAUUUGGAAUGAGGUUUACACAAUGAGUUAG